AUGGCUGGAGGUGGAAACAAGAGAGACGAAGGACCGAUUAAGAUCCAGAGCACUAACUUGUUUGCUGCGUUGGACACUCGCAAGAAGAAGAAGAAGACUACUGAUAAGGCAGGUAAAGGCAAAGGGUCUUCUAAGUCGUCCCAAGCUACACAGAAGGAGCCUGAGCCACAGGUUUUCUGGGCACCUACGCCGUUGAAAGUUAAGUCUUGGGCUGAUAUUGAUGAUGAUGAUGAAGAUGAUGACUACUACGCCACCACUGUUCCUCUACAGUCUGGCUGGGGUACUUCUGAGCCGUCACAUGUUGAUGCAAAAGACACUCACGUUGAGGAGAGUGAAAGUGAGGAAGAUAUUCUUGAUGAAGGUGAUGAUGAUGCGGAGGAAGAGCAUGAGCAGGAAACAGAGGUGCAGGUUCAUCCAGAACCAGAGCCUGAGGUGAAGAAAGCUCCUGAGGUUCCUGCGCCUCCUAAAGAGGCAGAGAGGCAACUUUCCAAGAAAGAGAAGAAAAAGAAGGAACUUGCUGAGCUUGAGGCUCUGUUAGCAGAUUUUGGAGUUGCCCCUAAGGAGACUAAUGGCCAAGAGGACUCUCAAGAGGCUAAACAAGAAAAGAAGGAAGACGCCAAUGGAGAGGGAGAGAAGAAAGAGAAUGCAGCAGGUGGGGAGUCAAAGGCAUCAAAGAAGAAGAAAAAGAAGGAUAAGCAAAAGGAAGCAAAAGAAUCUCAAGAGCAACAAGCUAACAGCAACCCUGAUGCCACAGUUGAAGCUGCUGCUGGGUCUGAACCGACAGAGGAAGAAUCUGCAAUGGAUAUGAAAGAGAGGCUGAAAAAGUUUGCAUCCAUGAAGAAGAAGAAAUCAAGCAAAGAGAUUGAUGCUGCUGCGAAAACCGCUGCGCAGGAGGCAGCUGCAAGGCGUGCGAAGCUGGCGGCUGCAAAGAAGAAGGAGAAGAACCACUAUAACCAACAGCCUGUGCGGUAA